GGCAACUGCUUCAGUUUCAAUCAGGGAAGCCUUUAAAUGAAACUUGCUUAAAAUCUUAGAUCAUACACGGAAGAGAGACCCCAGUCAACAGUCAAGUGGACAAGAAGGAUGUUGUCCUUAAACAACCUACAGAAUGUCAUCUAUAACCCGAUAAUCCCCUAUGUUGGGACCAUUCCUGAGCAGUUGGAGCCUGGAACUUUGAUUGUAAUACGUGGACAUGUUCCUGGUGAUUCGGACAGAUUCCAGGUGGACUUACAGUGUGGCAACAGUGUGAAACCUCGAGCUGACGUCAUCUUUCACUUCAAUCCACGUUUCAAAAGGGUCAACUGCAUUGUUUGCAAUACUCUGAAAAAUGAAAAAUGGGGCCGGGAAGAGAUCACCUACGACAUGCCUUUCCAAAAGGAAAAGUCUUUUGAAAUUGUGAUUAUGGUUCUGAAAGACAAAUUUCAGGUGGCUGUAAAUGGAAAACAUAUACUGCUCUACGCCCACAGGAUUAGCAUUGAGAAAAUAGACACUCUGGGCAUUUACGGCAAAGUGAAUAUUCACUCAGUUGGUUUCAGCUUCAGCUCGGAUUUAAGAAGUUCCCAAGCAUCUACUCUGGAACUGACAGAGAUAAGUAGAGAAAAUGUACAAAAUGCUGGCAUGUCACAAUAUCCUAGUUAUAGAGGAGACAUUGAUAAAAUCGUACCCAGAACUGUCUACACCAAGAGCAAAGGUUCGACUGCCAAUCACACUUUGACUUGCGCCAAAAUACUACCUAUCAACUGUUUGUCAAAGACUCUGCCAUUCGUGGCGAGGUUGAACUCCUCAAUGGGCCCUGGACGGACUGUCGUCAUUAAAGGAGAAGUGAAUACAAAUGCCAAAGGCUUUAAUGUUGACCUACUAUCUGGAAAAUCAAAGGAUAUUGCUCUCCACUUGAACCCACGCCUGAAGAGUAAAGCAUUUGUAAGAAAUUCUUUUCUUCAGGAGUCCUGGGGAGAAGAAGAGAGAAAUAUUACCUGUUUCCCCUUUAGUCCUGGAAUGUACUUUGAGAUGAUAAUUUACUGUGACGUUAAAGAAUUCAAGGUUGCGGUGAAUGGUGUACACAGCCUGGAGUACAAACACAGAUUUCAGGAGCUGACCAGUAUUGACAUGCUGGAAAUUGACGGAGACAUACACCUGCUGGAAGUAAGGAGCUGGUAGUGACGAGACUGCUGCAAAAACUGAAAUACAGAGUGGCUCACGCGACACUGGCCUUGUUAAAAUUCAUCUCACGACUUCCUGCUUAUAUAUAUUGUUAAAAUGAGCUAAUGCAACAUUAGUCCUACUGGGUGUUCAGUCCUUGUCAUGCAGUGUGGCUUUGUCUAGCACAGGAGGAAAUUGGAGGCAACAGCAGCUUAUCCAUUAUUAAGGCCUUUUUCCUCUCUCCCUGGCCUGGCCUCUUGUUCCUAACCCACUGCACAGUCAGCAAGUACUUGUGAGUGCCCGCUCUAACACAGUAGCUAACACGCAUCGAGCACUUACCUUUGCCAGUGCCUGAGCUGGAGAUGUGUGUACAGUGGUGCCCAAAACCAUGUUCCCUUCGCUCUUCUGUGCUGUGCCUUUGUGCCACUGUUUCUUCAGGUUGGUAUACCCUCGCCAGGGACUUGGAAUUAGCUAUUAAAUCACCUAAAGAUGUUAACUUACAGAAGACACUACUCCUGCCCCCAGUGACCUCGUUCUUAAGGAGCCUUGUAUGCUAUCCCCAUAGCUGAGAAGGUGAUACAUCUGGCAGUUUCCUUUAGCAUACUAAAUAUCUAGCUCUACUAGUUGUAAGCAUUACCAAAUAAUUAACACUAUGAAAUUGGACACAGCACAAAGAUUAAGGCAACAAAGACAAGUGAAACCAAAUGGUGUUGAAAUUAACUUGAUGUCAUUCACAAGACUUCUGUACCAGUAAGUGGUUAUUUUAGAUUAUGUAUUGAGAGUGAGUCAGAGGUCUGCACGUACCUCUAGAGAGAGCUUAAGGUAGACGCUUGAGGAAUUCAAUUAGAAAAUGUUUAUGGAUAACAAAGCCAAGUCGAGAGUUGACUUAAUCAUUAUUUAUAAAAUAGGCCCUAUCAGAAAGUAAAAUAUACCAAAGUAGAGAGAGGCAGCAUAAGCACCUGUUGGCUGUCCACGUGCAAAGCAACUCUGCCUCUCUGCUUUCCUCAAGAUUAGUCCAUCAUUAGACUGAGAUCAAAACACUGUUCCACUUGAAGUGAUUAAAAUCAAACCUGUAUCAGCAAGUUAAAUUGUUGCAUUUCUGUAAUUUUUUCUGUUCUCUUUGAAGUGAGUUGGCAGAAGUUCUUUGCAGAAUUCUUACAGGUCAGAUCUCGUUACAGAAAAUUUCAAAGGCUUGAGAGUGGGGAGGUAAAAAGCUCUAUCAGCCAGAUUGUUUUAUCCUGUUAGCUUGCUGGGGUGGAUUCUGUC